CACUCAGUGCACACGAAGCAACAUGUAGUCUCAAGAGGUUUGUGUCAACUGCCAUCAGACCAGUUUGGAAUGAACUCCGGUAAUUUGUAAGCAGUCUUGCGAUUUUCAUUUCUUCUUGCCUCUGGUUUCAACCUAUGGUGCAUUUAAUAGACACAGGUAAGUGUGUUUACUGCACAAACGAUGGAAAGGUGUGUCAAAGAGAUGAUUCGAGAAUGAUGUAGGAGUUUAUAACUUGUUGAACACCCAAACAUUGAAAAUAAAUUCCCCACAUCAAACAUGUCUGCUACGCAGGAUAACAUGACGUGUGCAGUGUGCAGAGAAGUUUACACAUCACCGAGGUUCCUGCCCUGUCAUCACACCUUCUGUCUACCGUGUCUUGAGGAGCUGGCAAAGAGACAUGGAGACACCAUCCCGUGUCCUACCUGUAGAGCUCCUGCUACUGUACCGCCAGGUGGUGUGUGUGAUCUACAAGUCAACUUCUACUUCACUGACGAAGCUCUGGAGCAGGCGCGCAGGGAGGCAAGAUCCUCCAUGUGUCCUGCCCACCCUAACGAAGUUGCCUUAUUGUACUGUAAACAGUGUAAACAAGCUGUUUGUCUACGCUGUAAACUGACUAAACACGAGGGACACGUCACCGAAGAACUGUCAGAGACCGCUGCUCGUUGUAAGAAAUCCAUUGAAGAAAAAAUUUAUUGUCUUAUGGACACCAUCAAACAAGAGAAAAAUAAGUUGGAAUCUUGUAAAGAAAAUGAAAAGCGAGCCCAAGAAAAGCAAGGUGCAAUAAAGGAACAGAUUCAAGUCCGGUAUGACAUCAUUGUGGCCAUGGCGGGAAAAUAUCGGGAUGAAGCUUUGCAAAAUCUCCAGGACACCUCCGAUGAUUUGCAGAAAGAGCUGGGUGCUGACACACAGCGAGUACAGGGUGAGCUCAGUUCACUUCUCCAGCUUCUCAACCGCGCUCAACACGCGCUGACCUCGGCCUGUGACACGGAGGUGCUGCAGGUGGAGAGAGAGAUGGAGCAGCAAGAAGGAUGCGACAAAGAGCGGAGGAAGCUGGAAGCUGUACAUUCUGACCAGAGUUACCGCCCUGUACUCCAUAGUGACUUCACCAACGACAUCGAAGAUUGCAUACAGACCUUCAUCGGGACACCAGUCAAACUGAAGUUUCCCGUUGACAAAACCAUAGAAAUCAUUCGGGACGGUCGAUGUGGGGAUGGAGAAUGUCAAGAAGUGCAUGCUCUGAGACAGAGGGAGGACAGAAGUGUCGACGUUUAUUAUGGGGGAGCAGGAGGGGACUACUCUAGAGAGAAAUGCGCGGUUUUGAGCUGCAAUGGUUCUAUAGACAUUGGAAAAGAAUACGGGAAGCGGGUGUCGUGUGUUUCACAUAAAAACCAAAUUUGGACAUGGAACAACUCAUCCUGUAACCUUGGUUCUAAGAGCAAAAGAAUGUUUUCUUUCAUUCAGAAUUGCGCAACAGGUAGGUGUUAUAUAUGUUCACUAAAGAUAAAACAAGAAAAUGGAAAAGAAGCAUAUCUGGCAGGUAUUCCUUUAAUUUAUCCAAAGGUAUCCAGAGCACACAACUUUGAUUCUAACAGUGAUGGGACUUUCUUUGCUUUGGUAGACGAGGAUGAAGAUGAGAACUCAAAUGAUGAAUCAAAAGAGAAACAUGAGAAGAAAGUAGAUAACCGGUGUUCCCGUGUUGUCCGUCUCUAUUCUAACAAAUCUGGAGAACCUAUUGGGACAUAUACAACAGAGAACUUCUUUCCCACAGACGUCUGCUUCUGUAGCAGUGAUGUGCUGCUGAUUGCUGAUUGGAUGAACGACUGUGUGCACGUGACCAAAGUAUCUGACAGUGGCAUCGAGUUCAUAGACUACCUGCCGGGCAGUGGUGACAUGGUGCGGCCCACAGCUCUGAACCUUGACCUCGAUGGUCAACUGCUGAUUGGGUGUGGUGAUGGAUGGGUCCUUAGAGUACCUACAGAUAUUUGUCAGCUGUUUAGCGACCGACAGCCCCGUCAGUAAGUCAAGUGUUGAGUCAGUAUAGGAAUUAUUUAUUUUUAUAAGGCGCAAAGAAAGCUGAAAAAAAUCAUUAAUAACCUUAUUAAUAUAUAUUUUUUUAGCAACGAGUUUUCGCUGAUUUGUGAUUGGAUCAACUACUCGUAACGCAAAUACCAAUGACCUGAAGUUGAUAGACAGUGACAAUAUAACAUAAGCAGUGACAACAUUAUUCAGCUCUGAUUUCAGCCAUGAAGGACAUCUGUUCACUGAAAGUAAUGAUUUUAAUAUUUCACUUUGAAAUAUUCGACAUAAAGUGAGACAACUUCCGCGACCGAGGAUCGAUCCGUUGACGCUUCCUGCACUACACGAGUGAUGUAAAUAUUUACCAACUGGUUAACAAAGGUGUCCAUGGCAGGAUAAAUAAUAAUGCUUUAUUAAUCAUACUUUAUUAAUACACACAGCAAAGCUUUGUGUGAAAAAUAAUAAAGAAAAAAGAUAAUUAUUAAUUGGAAAAACAGAAUAAGAGAAAAUUCAGAUAAAAGAGGUGUUUCCAAAACUUAUAUCCGCGCUUCAGCCAUCACAGUGUAAAAGCUGCAAAGCUACAGAGGAGCAGCAUCCAUCAAGAGAUCAAAUGAUGGGAUAAGGGGAGGCAAUGUCCUUUAUCGUAACACUCUUACAUCAAUCCUUGUUUGUUGUGACAUCAUGUGAAUAUGAAAGAUAAAUUAAGGAUACUGAUAGCUAGCGGUUCAGAAUACAGAUUGAAAGUGUGAAAAGGUCGCCCAACGAUCAUUUGAAAAGACUUGUGGAUGUCCUGGACAAUCUUCUAGGGAGAGACCCAAAUGUAUUCUUUGUUAAUUGACAUCAAUGUUGCUGGCUACGUUGACUAGUAAGUAAAAGGACAAGUUGGUCAUUGACUAUGUUUAUUACAAAGUUAUAACAGUCAGUGAUGUGAUUGGCUGCUAAAGAGUCGUUAUAACCAGGUGUUUAUAAAAAGGAAGGCAAUGAUUUGGUUAUAUUCACCAAGGAGCAGGGGCUAAAAGCCAGUGUCUAUAUUUCAAUAAUCAGUUUACCCCUGGUGAACCUAAUUUUUGUUUCUUUUGGAUUCCCCGUCAUGUAAUAGAAGAAGCAGAACUGAAGAGUUUAAAAUCUUACUCAAUUUCACUCACUCAGUGUAAAGUUUGUAACCAACCACAUUCGAAUCCCACAUACAUAAUGUUUAUUAUGUCUCAGCUGUGUAUAAUUAACUGAUAGACUUGACUUCAAACGAUAAUUUUAUCUUACCGAGCACAUUCUAGAACAAUGCAAUUAAUAUCACACACUAAAGUAGUUGACGGACUUUAUUUUCUAAAAUGGUUGACAACAAACUGUGGAAAUCAGAAACAUAAUAUCAAGUAUCUUACAAGCCAUCUAUCUCAUGCUCUGGAAGUAAACAUGCUAAAGUUAAUGUCACAUUACAAGACAGGUUCUACAGUCUCGAUAUCUUCAUUCUCAUAAAAAUUAGUGAUGUGCCUUAUAAAGAAGAAUGAAUUUCACGAUUUGAUUUAAUGUUUACAAUUUCUUGAAAAUGUCGAAUUGUGUAACUUGCCUGUGUAUUUUUUAAAAAGCUGAUGAUUGUUCGCAGGAAGAUUGACACAUCUGAUGUUUAAAUGUGCUAUAUGUAUGCUGUUUAAAUACUGUACAUACAUUCAUGUUUCAAUUAUAUUUCAAUAACUUUUGUACCGCUUGUUGCUACAUUAUACUUAAUAAUACGAUUACCUCUGAAA